AUGGCGGAUCCUCUGAGCAUCACUGCUUCAAUGCUGGCUGUUAUCACAGCUGCCGUUCAGUCAGUCAAGUCGCUCCACGGCACCGUCAGGCGCUUCAAGGAUCGCGAUAAGUCCCUACGCAGACUUCAAAAUGAGCUCGAGGACCUCACAAGCAUCCUAGGCUCACUGGGAGAGGUAAUGAAUGCAGAUAUGUCGAUGUUAACUCUGCUUCAGGGCCCUGUUGAGCGUUGCAGCCAAAUAUGUCGAGAAUUUGAAAAGGCAAUGGAGAUAUUUAGUCGAAAGUCAACGACAGGCUUUCGUGAUUGGGCAAAGCUGGAGUUCAUGAGGGGUGACAUCAACGAAUUUAUUGACAACAUUGCGGGAUACAAGUCAACGAUCUCUGUUGGAUUGGGUACUAUCACUAUGCAUUCUUCCAAGGUGUCCGAACGAGUCCUGCAAGAGUACAAUGAAAUGAUACAGGACACGGCCUAUGAUCUAGACAUUCACCUGCGACGGAUUGACGAAAAAUUGGCACGUCUCACGACUCAAGAUGAUAAUGCCUCAUAUGUGAGCAUUAAUCUGGAGGAUGAGAGGGAGGUGACGAAGCAGUGUCUUCGCAUCUGCCAAGAUGCGAAGAGUUUCCUCGAGACUUUAACACAAAGGGAGUCUGCCGUGCUGCAAGAGGCCCCCCGAAAUAUCACCCCAGAUGAUGUGCAAGCCCGCUUCGAAGCUCAGCUGCUGACACGCCAAGCUUUGGAUGAAAACAGAGCUGGUUUUACGGGCAUCAUCAGGCGCCUUCAGGAACGGCUGGAUUCCCUAGUGACAAACACGGACCAAAACGACAAGGAGCGAUUGGCACUGCAGGAAGAUAUUCAGAUUUCAAGGCAAUGCUUAGAAGUGUGCAACAUGGCCAGUGAAGUCUCUCGACAGAAAAUCUACAGGAUUGGAGAGGUAGUUGCCGAUGGCGACAGUGAUCAGGUAGUGGUGACUACCCUAGCUGAUUUAUUUGAUAUUAAGAAAGCCCUGUCCAAAGGUAAUUCGGCACAAUUAGUUGGCUCAAUGACGGAAGAUGCUCUUCGAAACCUGACCGACAAGCGUUACAGCAGCCGCUUUGCCGCAGUUGCCACACAGUCUACUGAGGUUGCCACUCCAAGCUCUCCUUCCACCCUUGGGACGCAGAAUGACAAGCCUCCAGUUGGCGUUAGCGAAGGGGGGCUUCCUCAAACUCAACGAUCGGGGCCAAGACGGGCUAGACCGUCUCCAAAUGAGAUGAGAAAACGGGCUGUGACUGGUACGGCGCAGAGCGAUGACGACGAGUAA